AUGGUUGCUUUGCGACAGGUGCUUACGCUGUCCGCAGUUGGCGUCGCUGCUGGCAAUGGCCUGGUGGAUGGCAGCGCCAGGCCAACUACGAAGGUCAUCAACCUUCUGAAGGACAUGGAGAGCUCUCUGGAAGCAGAGGCGAAAGAAGAUGAGGAUACCUACGAGAAGAUGCAGUGCUGGUGCAAGAGCAACGGCGAGGACAAGGCAAAGAGCAUCGAGUCGGCCGAGGCUCGCAUCAAGGGUCUGGAGGCGCGCACCGAGGAGUUGGCUGCAACGAGCUCGCGCCUGGCCUCCGAAAUUUCAACCUCCGAGGAUGAGGUCGUGCACAACGAAAAAGCGCUGGACACUGCCGUGGCAUUGCGAGAGCAACAGCUUGCAGAGUUCCACGAUGACGAGAAGGACUUAACACAGUCCGCCGCAUCUGUGAACAAAGCACUGGAUGCCCUCAGUUCUGACAAGUCUUCGUUCUUGCAGAUGCCGCAGGCGCGCCUCAUGAGUGCACUGUCGAAGCUGCGGACGAUCGUGACCAAGCACAUGAGGCUUCUCACCAAGACGCAACGCGAGAAGGUUGAGGAGUUGAUCAAGAACCCUUCGAAAGCAAGGUCAGCUUUCCUGCAAAAGGCUCCUGAUACUACCAGCGUGGUGGCUGGAACUCUCUCAACCCUCAAGGACGGCUUCGAGAAGGACCUUGCUGAAGCCAAGGCGCAAGAGGAGAAAGACAAGAAGGCCCACGAAGGGCUGGUCAAGGCCAAGAGCGAGGAAAUCACGGCCGGCAAGAAGCAGCUGGAGGCAAAGAAGGAGCAGAAGGCAGCUGCGGACCUGGAGCGUGCGCAGGCCAAGCAGGACAUCAAAGACACCACAGCCGCAUUGGAAGCGGACGGAUCGCUGAGCACCGUGGUGAAGGAGAAGUGUGCGGCCAUGGACGCGGACUAUGAGAAGCGGAGCGCACUCCGGCGUGAAGAGCAGAGCGCCGUGGCCAAAGCGGUCGAGGUCUUGAGCUCCGACGAG